UGUGUGUGUGCAGCCGAUGGCAGUUCUGGAGAGAGAGGAGACGAUGCGCAGUCUGGUGGACAUGCAGAAGAAACUGGAGCUCCGCUACCAGCGAGAGAGAGAGAGACACACACUCAGGGUCCAGGAGCGUCUGACCAUCAUUCAGAACAGGAAGUCAGAUGAUGACUUGCUUGGGAUAAAGAAUCUUAGUGCAUUUACACAGGAGGAGGAUGAGCAGCUUCAGAAGAUGUUGGUGAGGGAGCGGCUGGAGCAGCUGAGAAGAGAACGCUCAUACAUACUGCAAACCCGCAGAGAGAGGAACACUGCUGGCUUCAAAGAAUUGCUUGGACCAACUGCUCAACAUUCCCUACGCACAGAAGAUUGA